AUGUGCCCAGGGAAGAGACUGCAGGCCUUGGGCAGCGAGGGCCAGGCUAGGCCAGUGCGACUGAGGGAGCACUGUGGGCAGAGGUCCUAUCCCAGGAGUGGUGCUGCUGAGACCAGGCCUGCGGAGUUGCCGCUGGGCGCUCGUGACGACCUGAUCAGGCCAGUGUCUGGACUGUGCUGCGGCGCCCAGCCAGCGCCAGUUCCCCGGAGGAGCCUGAACCUGCCCGGCCGCCGCCGCCGCCGCUGUCAGCGGGACUCCACGUUCAGCUGCCGUGGAGAGGGGCCGGGCCGCCCCGCCCCGCCCCGCUUUCCCGCCCGUUCCAUGGCGGCGCCCGCGCCCCGCCGCUCCCCGGCCGGGCCCCGCGUUUGCCCUCUGGCCGAGCUGGGCUGCCCGCUCGGGGGGCUGGCGCCGGGCCGGGCGCGCGUGCUGGGCGCCGGGGCGCGGGUCUUCGCCUCCACCGGCGGCCGGUUUGUCCACGUGUAUGACCGGGAGGGGCAGCUUCUGAGUGUGAGCCGCGGGCCGGGCAGGCAGUGCGGGGUCGGGGUCGGGGUCGGGGGCCUGGGCGGGCUCGGGGGCCUUUGCGGCGGUCUCGACCACACGCGCCGCCCGCCAUCCCGCCAGGCCGCGUUCGAGUUCCCCGCGCCCGUCCGGCAUCUGCAGCUGCUGCCCGGCCCCGCGGCGCUCCUGGUCCUCGGCGCCCGCAGCGGCCUCUACCGCGUGUCGCUGGAGCCCGCGAGCAGGUGCGACCUGGGGCGGGACGGGGCAGCCCCGAGAGGCCCGCUGCCUGCAGCGUGGCCGGUCCGGGCAUCAGAGCAGCGGCCCAUGAGAGAGCACGGUGCCCACACCGGGAGACGCAGGGUCCUAGGUCUCUGGCGCCUGGCCGGGAGUCCUGGGAAGGACGUGGCCUGCGGGCAUGGAGUCGACUGCGAGCCGCCCCUGCGAAGGACCCCAGUGGGGCCAGACGCGUGCAUCCUCCCGGACCCCGCACUCUGCGCCUUUGCGGUGUGUGGAGAACUGUUGGUCACCCUGGCACUGGGCCCCACCCGCUGGAAGGUGCGGCGCACACUGUGCCCAGCGCCUGGGGAGGAAGUGCCUCCAGCCCCCAUCGGAGAGGUGGACCUGCCUGUGAAAGUGCCCCCAGCCGGGAGCCCAACGCAGCCCCCGGCGCCCCAGCACCUCCCCGUGCUGUGCCACGUGGCACCCACGGGGCUGGACCCGACCCUGCCUGGGCUGCUGUUCGGAACCGAUGCCUGCAUCCUCCGGUCCCCCCUGCUCCUGUGCGGCCUCCCUAGCGGUCAGCUGUGUGCUGUCCUCCUGGACGCCCUGGCCACCUCCCACGGCACCCCCAGUGACCCACAUGCCCUUGUCAGAACCAUCCACCACCUGCAAGAGCCAGUGGUGUUUGUCGGGGCCUUGAGCACGGAUCCCCCGGCCGAGGGCCUGGUUGACACGCCCUCCAACUGCCUGGUGGCCCUGGGUUGUCGUGGCCGGCUGCUGACAGUCAGGGCCGGCAGGGAUGAGGCCGGAAGCCCAGUGCUGGAGCUGCGGGAGCACCAGGUCCCGGGUCCCGUGCUGUGCGCUGCCUGUGACAGGGGCCACCGCCUGUUCCUCAGUACCCCCUCAGGCUUCUGUGUGGUGAGCCUAUCCGAGCAGGGUGACAUCUGCCCCAUCAGCACGGGCCUCUGCAGACUGGCCGCCCUUGAUGUGUCCACCAGCGCCCCUGGAGAGAGCCCCGAACUCUUGGCUCUGUCUGCCCGAGGCCGCCUACUGGCCUGUGACCUGGGCCUGAUCAAUCAGUCACUCCCCAAGGGAGGCACCCAGCACAUCCCGGACCUGUUGGCCCAGAUCACCACUACCUCAGAGAAAGUGGCGUCCCUGCAGAACCAGGCCGAGCAGCAGAACCAGGCUCUGCAGAGCCUGAACGAGGCCCUGGCUGUAACCCAUGCAUUGCUGCGUGGUCAGAAGGGCCCAGAGCCCGUGUCCUGCUGCAUUUACGCUGCCUGGACACGCCUGUCAUCGGGGGAUGCGCUGCUGGCCUGUUGCGAGCUGGGCGUGCAGCCCGGCUUUAACCUGGGCCAGGGCUGGGCACUGUGCGUGCGCCUGCUGCCGGUCACACGUGCCGACACAGACACCCCUGACACCGCCACCACAUUCACGGUGCCCUUGGGCCCGCUCGGACCAGGCGCUCAGCGCUUCGUGAGGCUGCCGCUGAAUUGUGCUGAGGCCGGCGCCCCGCAGCUGCCCGUGCUGGUGUCCUGCCAGCUCUUCUACAGUCUGUGGGACAGCGUAGGGGAUGUCCUGGACUCCAGGGCCCUGCCCCAGCACGAGGGAGCAAGCCUGCCCCUGGCCUGGAUCGAGCUGGACCUACUCCAUGCCCUGCGCUUCCCCCACUCACCUGGCCCCACCCCGUGUGGGGUCCCCCGCGACCCCAUAGACAUCUUCCUGGAGGCUCAGUGCAGGUCGGGCAGUGAGCAGAGGGUCCCGCUCCUGCCCCCCACUCCCACAGCGGUCGCUGUCACCGUGUCUGUGCAGCUGCUCCAGGCUACCCUGGCCAGUCAUCACUCGGGUGCGUUGCAGAGUGGCGGGGGGCAGAGAGGGGUCCAGGCCUCCCCUCACUCAGGCCCGCGUCCCCUGCAGACCUGCCCCUGGGCCCCGCCACUCCGGUGGCUCCUGUCUGGGAACUUAGACGCCGAGAAGGCCCCAGCCCUGCCCCGUCUCCAUGGAGUGGCCCCAGACGGGACCGAUGUGCACCUCUCUGUGCGUGAGGCAAGUCGGGGAACUCUGGAAAGACUGCCUAUGGGAUCAGAAGAUACCAAAGGCACAUCAGACAGGGGGUCUCCCAGGCGCACCUGGGACAGGGUCUGGACCACCCCUCUCUGCUCAGGGGACUGUGUGAGGUGCUGGGGAUAUGACCUGAGCCUGGCAUACCCCGGCCCACAGGUGUGUGUCUCCGAUGCGACCCCAGAUGGGCCCUUGCAAGCUGUGGAGAUCCAGGUGGAGAGCCCUGUGCUGGGCGUCCUGAGUGCGGCCCACCGUGCCAUUACCCGGCGUGUGCAAGCCCUGACCCUGGAGCCAGCCUCGAGCCACGCCCCAGACUUCUGCCUGCAUCACCUCCAGGUCCUCCAGGUUGGCCGUGAGGCACUGCUGCGAGAGAUUCGGGCACUGAGGGAGCAGCUAAGGCUGGGAGAGGAGGAGUCCCCCCAUGUGGCUCGGCACCUCCUCCAUACUUUCCAAAACCUUCGUGCAUCUGGCCCACCACUGCUGUGAGCCAACCAGGCAGGUGGCCCUGAGCACCAACACACCUAGGAGUGUCCUGGAUUCUGCCUCCA